AGGAGGGCCGGAGGAGUGCUCGUGUUGUGAUGGGACUACAAAUCCGUUAGUACCGUCCACAGCCUCCUCCUCUUCCAUCAUGGCUCCCUCGUUGGACAGGCAAGGAUACUGGGGGCGGCCGACCUCAACGCUGGACUGGUGUGAAGAAAACUAUGUCAUCUCUUUUUACAUCGCGGAAUUUUGGAACACUGUCAGCAACCUGAUUAUGAUUCUUCCUCCUCUUUGUGGGGCUAUCCAGACGUUCCGUGAUGGCCUCGAGUUUCGCUACGUCUGCUCUUUUCUCGGAUUGGCAGCUGUUGGUGUUGGUUCCUGGUGCUUCCACAUGACGCUGCUAUAUGAGAUGCAGUUACUGGACGAGUUGCCAAUGAUUUACAGCACAUGCGUAUUUAUCUACUGUCUAUAUGAAUGCUUCAAACAAGAGCAUGGCAUCAGCUUAUUUCCUAUUGCACUGCUAUUAAUCUUCAGUGUCUCAGUCACUGUGGUGUACCUACAGUGGAAGGAGCCAGUCUUUCACCAGGUAAGGGAAUCCAGCAGACAAACGCUUCCCCCUGGUGUUGGAGUAGUAACACAGUUUCAUGCCUGGUGGCACAUCUUCACAGGCCUUGGAUCCUACCUGCACAUACUUCUCAGCCUGCAGAUCAGGUCAACCUACCUCAAGUACAGACCAAAAGUAAAGUUUCUUUGUGGAAUUUGGCCCACAUUGCACAUUGAACCACAGAAGACGAGCUGAAAGAGGAUGGUGACUGUCAUAUCUAGACACCAUCGGCACAGGGACCUGCCAAUGCCCACUGCUGGGUACUCAGCCCACAGCUAGGGGACAGGUGGACCCCAAGGCACCACCCCAGGGACCCUUCGGUUCUGCUCUGUGGGGAUUUACUAAGUACAGUAUAGCACUGAGUCCAGUUUUAAGAAAUGGAAGAUGUUUUCAUUAAUCAUAAUUUAUUAGACUAGCUUUUCUGUAAUUUUAUUGAAGUGUUAUAAUUUUAUUUGCUCAUUCAUUCUCAAUGCAAAUAUGAUAAUUAAUAUGAUAGUCCACCGCAGUGGUAAAUGUUAUGGGGUUAUGAAUGUUAUCUUAAUUUGGGUUUGGGAAAAGGGAGAACUGUCAUUGAUUCAGAAUUCACAUUACCACACUAGCAUCUCCUAAGCCUAAAGACAUUUACAUAGAUCCCCAAACUAAAGUAUAACUAAGAUUUUUGCUAACAUGUAGUUUUUACAAGUAGCUGAGGGAUCUCUACUUACAACACAGUGUUGUCAUAUCUCUUUUCAAGGAGUAUCGUAUUGUUUUUGGAUGUGCUCACUACAAAUGGCAUAGUAACUGCCAGCUAGAAAAUUAAAGUGAUACUGUGUUAGCAUAAAUUAAAAAUCCUCCUUCAUUUGCAUGGCCCA